AUGAGUCAGAAUCAGCUCCAAGGCAAUGUAUCCUUUGAGGAUGUGGCUGUGGAUUUCACACUGGAGGAAUGGCAGCUGCUUAACCCUACUCAGAAGAACUUAUACAGAGAUGUGAUGUUGGAGAACUAUAGCAAUCUAGCUUUCUUGGGGUAUCAAAUUAUCAAACCUAAUGCAGUUUUCAAGCUGGAGCAAGGAGAAGAGCCAUGGAUAAUAGAUGAAGAAACACUAAGUCAGAAGUUUUCAGAAGUCUGGCUAGAUAAUAAUCACAGUAUGAGGCACCAGGAUAAUCAAGAGAAGCUUAAAAGUAUGAAGAGAUGCCAUGAAUAUGAUGUAUUGGGGAAAAUAUUUCAUUCCAGCAUAAACUUUGCUCAUUUAGGAACAAGACCUCAUAAAUGUGGCACAGUUGAAAAAAGUUUAAAACAUCCUUUCAAUUUAAUUAUACCAAAAAGUCACUGUGGAAGAAUGCAACUUGAUGAAUUUAAUAGGAAGUUAAUAUUCCAUAUCAAACCUGACAGAACUCACGGUGGAAUAAAAUACUGUGAUUGCUAUAAAUGUAGGCAAACCAGCAGUAAAGAGUCAUGGCUCGUUACAAAUCAUGUAACACGUGGAGGAGUGUGUUUAUGCAUGGAAUGUGGCAAGGCUUUUAAUAAGAGGUCACAGCUUAUUAUCCAUCAGAGAACACACACAGGAGAGAAACCCUACCCAUGCAGCGAAUGUGGAAAAGCCUUCUCUCAGAAGUCGUUGCUCACUAUACAUCAAAGGACUCAUACAGGAGAAAAACCAUAUGGGUGUGGGGAGUGUCCAAAAGCUUUCAGCAGGAAGUCACUGCUCAUUUUACAUCAGAGAACUCACACAGGAGAGAAACCCUAUGGAUGCAGUGAAUGUGGAAAGUCUUUCAGCAGGAAGUCACAGCUUAAAAGACAUCAGAUAACCCAUACAAUAGAGAAACCCUAUGGGUGCAGUGAUUGUGGGAAAGCCUUCUCCCAGAAAUUAAAGCUCGUUACACAUCAGAGAACUCAUACGGGAGAGAAACCCUAUAAAUGCAAUGAAUGUGGGAAGGCCUUCUUUUGGAAGUCACAGCUCAUUACUCAUCAGAGGACUCACACAGGGAAGAAACCCUAUGCAUGUAGUGAAUGUAAGAAAGCCUUCAGCAGGAAUUCACUACUCAUUAGACAUCAGAGGAUUCAUACAGGAGAGAAGCCUUAUGAAUGCAGUGAAUGUGGAGAAGCCUUCAUUAGAAAGCCCCAGCUUAUUAAACACCAGAUAACUCACACAGGAGAGAAGAAUUACCAGUGUAGUGAUUGUGAAGAGGCCUUCUUUAAGAAGUCAGAGCUAAUUAGACAUCAAAAAAUCCACUUAGGAGAGAAACCCUAUGGAUGUGUUGAAUGUGGGAAGACCUUCUUUGGGAAGUCACAGCUCCUGACGCAUCAGAGAACGCAUACUGGAGAAAAACCUUAUGAAUGUAGUGAAUGUGGGAAAGCCUUCACUCAGAAGUCAAGCCUGAUAUCACAUCAAAGGACACAUACAGGGGAGAAACCCUAUGAGUGUGGUGAAUGCAGAAAAACCUUCAGUGAGAAGUCAAGUCUCAUUCAUCAUCAGAGAACCCAUACAGGAGAAAAGCCCUUUGAAUGCGGGGAAUGUAGGAAAGCUUUUGCCUGGAAGCCACAGCUCAUGAGGCAUCAGAGAAUCCACACAGGGGAGAAGCCCUAUGAAUGCAGUGAAUGUGGAAAAGCAUUUGUUCAGAAAGUGCAGCUUAUUAAACACCAGAGAAAUCACACAGGAGAGAAAACCUAUGGAUGCAGUGAUUGUGGAAAAGCUUUUUUUGAGAGGACACAGCUCAUUAUACAUCAGAGAAUUCAUACAGGAGAGAGACCAUAUGAAUGUGAUGAGUGUGCAAAGUCUUUUACUAGAAAGUCUCACCUCAUGAGGCAUCAGAGAAUUCACACAGGAGAAAAAUACUAUGGGUGCAAUGAAUGUGGGACCACCUUCAAUAGGAAGUCACAGCUCACAGUACAUCAGAAAAAUCAUCUAAUGUAG